UAAAACACUUUAACAUAGUAACGAUUACACAGAUGUUCAUAUCUGCUGUCUGCAUGCAUGUGUGGCUUAUCUCUUCAGUCUGUAAUUCAACUGUAUAAUUCAGUCAUUAUUAAUGACUUGUUCUUGGUAAAGAUUCUUUUGGAAUGUUGAGUAGUAGUUCACACAGAGGUUGGAAGGGGGAAGGGUUUUUUUUUGUUAGAAACUAUAGACAUGCAUACAUUACAUAACAUUGUUACAUAACGGCUCCUAAACUGCUCGUAUGCCCCCUUGCUGCUGACUGAGAUCCACAUUAACUUGUUUUGCAGAUAAAAAAUGCAUGUGAACUCUCUUACACACACACCCUAUUCACAAUAGUCUGGCUGAAAUAAGUUUACUUCAGAAGAGUUUGCUGUUUAUGGACUCAGUCAUGAUUUUAAACUCCUUAUACGAGUGCCUGGAUUUUAAAUGCUGCUUGUUUUUGAUAUUUUUACUGCUGCUGCUUAUAGAUAUGAUCAGAAAUAAAGAUCCAGCAAAUUUUCCACCAGGACCCUGGCCGCUACCGAUCCUAGGAAAUGUCUUCACUGAUGUUAACUAUAAAACUGUGGACCAGCUGAUUGAGAAGUAUGGAAACAUCUUCAGCCUCAGAAAUGGAUAUGAUAAAAUAGUGUAUGUGUCUGGGUUUAAAAUGGUGAAGGAUGUUUUGAUCACUCAAGGGGAAAACUUCAUUGACCGCCCUAUUUCACCUUUAUUUGACUCACUUUAUAAAGGCAGAGGAAUGUCCUUUAACAAUGGCUACUCAUGGAGGAAGCAACAGCAGUUUGCCAUGAGUCACUUGAAAAACUUUGGAGAGGGGAGGAAGACUCUAGAAGAACAUAUUCAACGAGAGUGCUACUUCCUGUGUGAAGCCUUUAAAGAAGAACAGGGUUGCCCUUUUGACCCUCUGGUCAAAAUAAACAAUGCAGUGGCCAAUGUUAUCGGUAGCCUGGUGUUCGGCCAUCGAUAUGAGUAUGAUGAUGUGGAUUUCCAGAAGCGUCUUCAAAUGAGUGCAGAGUCUGUGUUUCUUACAGGAUCUGUGUGGAACCAGCUGCAUGAUACCUUCCCGGGUAUAAUGAAGUGGUUGCCAGGACCUCAUCAGACAAUAAUCUCAAACUAUCAAGAGUUAUCAAACUUCCUGAAAGAAAAGGUCGAGCAACACAGACCAGACUGGGACAGCAACAAUCCUAGAGAUUACAUUGAUGCCUACCUGACAGAAACUGAGAAGAGGAAGAAUGACACCGAGGCAGGAUUUAAUAUUGGCAGUCUGGUGUGGUGCAUGGUGGACUUGUUUGAGGGUGGUACUGAAACAACAACCAACACACUCCGAUGGGCUCUGCUUUUCCUGAUCAAGUACCCGGACAUUCAAAAGAAAAUCAGAGAAGAGAUUGAGCAGGUGAUUGGCUCCCAUCCACCUACUAUGUCCGAUAAGGCAAACAUGCCUUACACCAACGCUUUCAUUCAUGAGGUUCUCAGGAAAGCAAACCUUGUGCCUCUCAAUAUGGCUAGAAUUGCGAGAAAGGACACAACUCUUGGUGGCUACUUGAUACCAAAGGGUACUGUGAUGAUCACUAAUCUGACGUCAGUGCUGUAUGACAAACAUGAAUGGGAAACACCAGACACCUUUAACCCUGGACACUUUCUAGACUCUGAGGGCCAGUUCUGCAGGAGAAAUGCCUUUUUUGCUUUCUCAGCAGGCAAAAGGCAGUGUCCAGGAGAGUAUCUCGCACACAUGGAGCUGUUCAUCUUCCUCACCAUCCUCCUUCAGACCUUCAGUUUCAGCCCUCCUUCUAGUGAGGAGCCCAGUCUGGAGAGCCAGGUGGGCUUCACACAGGCACCUCUGCCAUACAAGCUCUGCGCUCACACGAGAUGAAGGAGCGAGGAUGGAUUUUAUGCAGUAUGGCAACUUAUCUGGAAGAAAUAUCACCCACAGCUUCCUUUUAUGUAUGGUUACACUCUGGGACUUUUACUUAUACAAACUAUGUACAAGCUCAUUGGCUGCUGCCAUCCCGUCACCUCCCCUUCUCUCCAGCCCUCCGCCACAUCUUCGUCUUCCUCCAACACCCCUCCCUCUUUGGUUUAUUUUGUUUGUUUUUUUUACGGCGUGAGGUCGCACCUACUCAGAGGGGGCGUACUGUCACAGUCUGUUUAGUUUCUGUUCAUAAGGACUUCAGUUUGGUUUCAUUUGUCACAUGUUCCCUUUGUCACAUGUUCCUUUGUUCAGUUUCCCGCCAACAUCUGUUACCAUUAAUUUAUCACCUGUGUCCCAUUAAUUACCCUCGUUAUGUUUGCUAUUUAGUUCCUCCCGUUCACUCUGUCUUUGUCUGUUCACCAUCCUAUGUUGCACCUGACUGCCUGUCUUCCUGUGGAUUGUUUAUUAAACCAGUAUUUCAGAUUUACA